CAUUUUAUUGACCCUAAAUGUGUUUUGUAUGUAUCUAUUUUUCUUGUGAGUUCAUAUUUACUGACACUUUUUAAUGGGACAUUUGAGGCCAGGUUGAAGCUAUAUUUCUCCUGGGAGGAUCUGUAUUUACUUAUACCUGAAACCCAGAGGUACUACAGACAUAGGUCUACUUCCAAGUAAAUCCUCCCUGUAGUUUCUAGGCCCAACAGGCAAUGUAAUUUUCUGCCCUUGACCAUGCUGUGGCUGUGGUGACUAUAUUUUCUGAACAAAAAUACUCUGGAAAUGUGGUCAGAAUGGAAGUAGUUAUGAGGACAAAAGGCCAGAGUGUUUGAAGUCAUGAUUGCCUGGGAAAAUCAGAUUGCAGGUAGUUAUAGGGUCAUCUUCAUCCUGAGCUUUAGAGCCUGGCAGGGCUAAGUAGAUGGAAUUUGGUUUUAUGAAAAUAUCGUUGAUAAUUUAAUUUUAAAUACUUAAGACAGUAUGAUGUAUGCGUGCUAUUUUUAAUUGAUAUCCUACGUAUGGUUAAUUAACAAGUGAAGUACCCUGAUAGGGAGUAUAAACUCCAGGAAAGGUUGAUUAGCUUUUGAAAGAUUCUAAGCAGAUGUCCACACUUUAGAGAGCUUCAACCAUCUUUAUGUCCACUCAACACUGAGACUAUAUGGAUUUUUCUUUGGUGAAAUAAGUAGUAUUCAUAAUGUAUGGAUUGGCUAGAAACACUGUACAGAGGCCACCUACUCUUGCAUGACAAGGAACCCUAAAUAUGCCCUUUGUAAUACAUAUUACCAUUACCCUUAGUAAUGGUGCUCUUGGUUUAGGUUCCCAAACUGACAGCUUCAGAACAUUACCUGAGAAUUGUUGUUGUGAAGAUCUGCUGAAUCCUGCCCCUAAAUAUUGUUUCCUGGGUAUGGAAUAAAUCUUCCAUGCGAAGUUUGAUGAAAGUACCCAGAAGGACAGGGAGUUGGGACUUUACCAAGGUUACAAAACAGUUUUUAUUACUGUUUUUGAGUGCACUUGCUACUAAAUGUUUGCAUGGGCAACAAAAUUCUGCCUACUAUAUAUGUUAUUAGAACAUAACAUUUUAACAUUGCAAGGCAGGAAGGUAGUAGGGUAGAAGAACUUACAACGUUACAACGUUAAACAAAUAAUAUCUACAAACAGUAAAGGGGUAUCUUGCAGAUAGAUCCCUGCUUUGUAAAUCCUCCUGCUCCAAUAAUUUUCAAACUCUAUUCUGAUUUGAGAAAAAGAGGAGAUUCCUUGAAUGUGUGGAUUAAAACAAGGUAUGAAAUAUCUGAGGUUUGGAAAAGCCUUCUCUAGUGCUAUUUCAUGCAGAGUAUUUGCAUGUCUCAGCAGCAUCAGCCAAGGUUUCUUGAAGCUUAAACCCAUCCACCUUGGAAAAGCUGGGUUUAGGUAAGGGUGUAGUUAUUUGCCAAAAUAUUUGGAGUGGGGGAGAAAUCUUUAUUUUUUUGGGUGAAAAUAUUCUGUAAUUGCAAAAUUAACCACCAAUACUUUUAUAUACUUUGGAGAAAGCUUUUCUUGGCUAACAGAUUCAAACAUCCAUACAUAAUAAUAGUAAGCAACAUUUAUUGCAGGCAAUCUUGUGGUAAGUAAUUUAUAUACAUCAUCCCAUUAAUGAUGUAUUUCCAUACAACCCUGUGAAUGGAUGUUUUUAUUCCUAUCUUAUAUAUAAAGAAAGCGAGGCACAGAGAUCACAUAAUCAGGUGACCUUGAGUUUGAAUGUAAACUCAAGUUUACCCUUUAUUCACCACCUAUAUUCCUAUAUCCUCUAACUGAGAAGGAUGGGGCAAGUCACUUACAUUAUGGACAAAUUUUUUUAACGGGAGUUGCCCACAGAACGGAGUCUAGAGCUUAGAAAAAACACACUUAAUUAGAUUUACCCCUAACUUCCGGACCCCCAUUUCUAGCACUUCUUUGGGGAUGAACCUUCUGUAGAACGAAGCUGCUAGAAAGGGAGAGGUUCUUUUCUGAGACGAGCCAAUGAGAUGGCUGCAUCAUAUGAGUGGCACGUCGUUUAGCCAAUGGGUUCAGCCCUUGAGGCCUCGCGAGAAGACCAGAAAUUGGUCUGGAGCAUGUGGGCCUUUCGGCGUGUCGGGGGCGUUGAGCACCGGGUUCUCCUGAAGGCCGGCAGAGCGGGGCGACGGCUGGAGAUUGGUGAGUGGACGGGACGCAGGUUUGGAAGGCCAGGGAGGCGCAGCUGCUCCCGAGGCAGGCCAGGUAAUUUAUCAGAAUAGGAUCGACACCAGUGUCCCUGCAGCCGUUGAAUGGAUCCUGUCCGAACACCCUUCAGGGGCUCUUCUGUGAACCCAUCUCAGUGUGUACGGAUGCCUGGCUCUUGGCCACAAGCUCCUAAACCUUUGGACUCAGCGCUGGGCAGGGCAGGAUCUACAGGCAGAGGCCAUGUAUUUGGGAAGCCAGGGGAACCAAGCCCACGGAGUGGGCCAGCACAAAGGGAAUGUGUGGAUUUGGUCUCCAUGUUCCGAGGACUGGGCCUUAAAACAGUGUCUCGGACCCCUCUGAAACGGGAAAUGCCUCCAUUAGGUAGAGGCAUUUUAGGUCGAGGCUUGUCUACCAGUAUGGUACGCAAGGACAAAGAAGAACCCCAUCCCACUUUUCCGGAUCCUUCAGUGCUGGCAGCUGGGGAUAACAAGAUGGCAGAGGCCUGUGUUGGUUGGAAUAGAAUGCUUGGAAGAGGGAAUUCGGAUAUGUCUUUAUUCCCUUUGGGAAGAGCAGCUGGUGGUAUAGGCAGAGGAGUAUACAAGGCUCCUGCUACUCUCAGCUUGACUUCUCGGGAUCCUGCCCAGCUGUCAUCACCACCACCUCUGCCCCCAUCCUCACCACACUCUCUGGAUCACCCUCUACUUGGGACUGUAGAACACAAGGGAAAAGAGCUUUUUGUGAAGCAAGGAUCAAAAGGUACACCUCAAUCUUUGGGAUUGAAUCUUAUCAAAAUACAGUGUCAUAAUGAAGCAGUCUAUCAGUAUCAUGUGACUUUCAGCCCCAAUGUGGAGUGCAAAAGCAUGAGGUUUGGCAUGCUGAAGGACCAUCAAGCUGUCACCGGCAACGUUACUGCUUUUGAUGGAUCCAUUCUCUAUCUGCCUAUUAAACUUCAGAAACAAGUCCUUGAGUUAAAAAGUCAAAGGAAAACUGAUGAUGCAGAGAUCAGCAUUAAGAUUCAAUUGACAAAGAUCCUGGAGCCUUGUUCUGACUUGUGCAUUCCCUUCUACAAUGUUGUUUUCCGUCGGGUAAUGAAACUUCUAGAUAUGAAGCUUGUAGGGAGAAACUUUUAUGACCCUACAAGUGCUAUGGUUCUACAGCAGCACAGGUUGCAGAUCUGGCCAGGCUAUGCAGCUAGUAUCCGAAGAACAGAUGGAGGUCUUUUUCUGCUAGCUGAUGUCUCCCAUAAGGUCAUUCGGAAUGAUUCAGUGCUGGAUGUCAUGCAUGCCAUGUAUCAGCAGAACAAAGAAAACUUCCAGGAUGAGUGCACUAAGCUUCUGGUUGGCAAUAUUGUUAUAACCCGAUACAACAAUCGUACCUAUCGCAUUGAUGAUGUGGAUUGGAAUAAGACACCAAAAGAUAGCUUCACAAUGUCUGAUGGGAAGGAGAUCACAUUCUUGGAAUACUACAGCAAAAACUAUGGGAUCACAAUUAAGGAAGAGGACCAGCCACUGCUGAUCCACAGGCCCAGUGAGAGACAGAAUAACCAAGGGAUGUUGCUGAAAGGUGAAAUCCUGCUGCUGCCUGAGCUUUCAUUCAUGACUGGAAUCCCUGAGAAGAUGAAGAAGGACUUCAGAGCCAUGAAGGAUUUAACCCAGCAGAUCAACCUGAGCCCCAAACAGCACCAUAAUGCUUUGGAAUGCUUGCUGCAGAGAAUUUCGAAGAAUGAGACAGCUAGCAAUGAAUUGGCGCGCUGGGGACUCUGUCUCCAGAAGGAUGUACAUAAGAUUGAAGGACGUGUUCUGCCAAUGGAAAGAAUUAACUUAAGAAAUACUUCAUUUAUCACAUCUCAGGAACUAAACUGGAUUAAGGAAGUAACCAGAGACCUUUCCAUCUUGACUGUCCCCAUGCAUUUCUGGGCACUGUUUUACCCAAAGAGAGCAAUGGAUCAGGCCCGAGAACUGGUUAAUAUGUUGGAAAAGAUAGCUGGCCCCAUUGGUAUGCGCCUGAGCCCACCAGCCUGGGUUGAACUAAAGGAUGAUCGAAUUGAGACCUAUGUCAGAAGCAUUCAAUCCAUGCUAGGAGUUGAGAGGAAGAUACAGAUGGUUGUUUGCAUCAUCAUGGGAACACGUGACGAUCUCUAUGGGGCUAUUAAAAAGCUGUGCUGUGUGCAGGCUCCUGUGCCCUCACAGGUCAUCAAUGUUCGAACCAUUGGUCAGCCAACCAGGCUUCGGAGUGUGGCCCAGAAAAUUUUACUUCAGAUUAAUUGUAAAUUGGGUGGUGAGCUCUGGGGAGUGGAUAUUCCUCUGAAACAAUUAAUGGUGAUUGGGAUGGAUGUUUACCAUGACCCCAACCGAGGCAUGCGCUCCGUGGUUGGCUUUGUUGCAAGCAUCAAUCUCACACUCACAAAAUGGUAUUCACGAGUGGUGUUCCAGAUGCCUCAUCAGGAGAUUGUGGAUAGCCUGAAGCUAUGCCUGGUGGGUUCCUUAAAAAAGUUUUAUGAGGUGAACCACUGUCUCCCAGAGAAGAUUGUGGUAUACCGUGACGGAGUGUCUGAUGGCCAACUAAAGACAGUUGCCAACUAUGAGAUUCCUCAGCUACAGAAGUGUUUUGAAGCUUUUGAGAAUUAUCAGCCCAAGAUGGUAGUAUUUGUAGUUCAGAAGAAAAUCAGUACCAAUUUGUACCUGGCUGCUACUGAGCACUUUGUGACUCCCUCCCCUGGGACUGUGGUAGAUCAUACCAUAACAAGCUGUGAGUGGGUGGACUUCUACCUUCUUGCCCAUCACGUACGGCAGGGUUGUGGCAUUCCUACCCAUUAUGUCUGUGUUCUCAACACUGCAAACCUGAGUCCUGAUCACAUGCAGAGGUUGACUUUCAAGCUGUGCCACAUGUACUGGAACUGGCCUGGCACCAUCAGAGUCCCAGCUCCCUGCAAGUAUGCCCACAAGCUAGCUUUUCUGUCAGGACAGAUCUUGCAUCAUGAACCAGCCAUCCAGCUGUGCGAAAACCUGUUCUUCCUGUGACUGGGCAACCAGGAUAUGGGUGCUUAGGGAGAUUAGACUUCUGAACUCAGCUGCAACUCAGGCAGGAUCAAGAGGGACCCAGGGGGUUUUUGUGUUGGUGGUGGGUUGUUGUGUGUGUGUGUGUGUGUGUGUGUGUGUGUGUUUACUAACCUGGUAGAAUAAGAUUUCUUUUUUCUUUUUUUUCUCUUUUAUACCUGGUAUCACCAAGAAGUAAGUUCCAUUUCUAAAUAUCAGCUGGAAAUUUCCUUGUUGCCUUGUAGAGCAAGUGGUGGCAGUACAGGUCCUGUAUAUAUGGAGGGGGUGAAUACAAGGGAACCUCUAAAAGCCCCCAUAGCCAACAUGAGCUAUGGAAACCUGCAGAAACAGCAGUUACACCUUGUAAGUUAUGCUUACUAAGCACUUCCUAUUUCUGUGCCAGAGGUGAUAAUGAAUGAAGUCAUUCCAAGUUUCUUGAAGUAGAGAGUUACUUUAUUUGGGCAACUGAGAAAGGUAGUAAAAACACCUGUGAGGCAAAGUUUUUCUAGAUAUUGUGAUUGCUGGUAAGUGUGAAAGGCACGUAGUAAAACCAGCUGGUGGCGUAGUCAAGUCCUACUGACCUAAUCUUGUCUGGGAAUUGAGUUUAUGACACCUGUGCCUUGAGUUGGCUUUGAAGCUUUGAAAGGGGCAUUUAGCCAUUCCUUGGCCUCCUGAGAAAGGCCAGAUGAAGUUUUUUUCUGUAUACUUUAGUUGCUUUACAGUGUACCAUGUUGAUUUCUUCCUACACCACCUCCCCCGCCCCCCCCCCCCCACACACACACACACAUUGGCUCUUUGUUAUUGAUCUUUAAUAAAGUUUCAGCUUUUAAAUUAAGAAUCAGAACACGGUGAAAUUCAACAGCUAGGAAGAUUCAUGAUGGAGUGAGUCUUUCUUAAACCUUUUUCCUGGAUGUGUGGCCUUCUUUUCGUUGAUGUGUUUGUAAAUGGAAUCACUCAUUUCCCUUGCUCAAUAACCUAUUCCUGGCUGUUGGCGCAUAUUGUUAGGAAUUUUUCUGAAUCCAGCUUAAGGUUUCCAAAAGUCAGCUUUGGAAAACAUGACACUCCUGCCAGAGUCCAGACAUUUCAGCUUAGAAAAUUGUCAAUAUGCCUGUGGGGUUUUUUUGUGUUUAUUUUUCCGUUUUAAAAUCCUCUGACUCCUUCAGGGUUAAUUCAGUUUUAACUUGCUUUAACUGGUUUUAAAUGCCAAUUUUAUUUACCCAUUUCAAAUUUGUAUUUAUUUAUUUAUUUAUUUAUUUUUUGGUGUGAUGGCAGGGAGGGGACAAAGCAGAAACUCCCAUUUUAUAUAAUAGUGUCUGAGAAGAGAAACUUUAGCUUAAAACUCCUUAGAAGAAUAAAAGCAAGCAAGUUUUCAGUUUGUUGCAGUGCCCCACAGAGGUUGAGGAACUUUGAAUGAGUGUUGCUAGUCCUGAAGUGCACUCCUAGUUUCAUUUAGAGUGUGGGACAUAGGGCAAGGCUAAAGCCUGGAAUUUAAAACCCACUGAAUCAAACGAAUUGGACCACUGGUCUCCAUCUCAACAGAUCAGCUUUCUGAUUCUCUGUGGAAGCAUUUUGAAUUUCUCUUUUGAAGUUGGAUUUCCUAAUACUCAUUUUCUCUUAUAUAAUCAGAAAAGACAAAUGCUUGAAUAUAAUACAAAAUUUCUUCACUUUUUA